AUGUCCUCUGACUCUGGAGACGGGACGCAAGUUGCGUCAAGCCAACCUUCUGGAUCCCGCAGACCCGUCCAAAGGGUUGAAUCAACUGGUAACUUUUGGCAAGAUGCGCGAGAAGCUUUCAAGGUGCGCCUGCCCCAGAUGCCAUGUGCUCGGAACAGUCUUAUGAGUGGUAUCGCCAGUGGUGUUGGAGUAGGAGUCAUCCGUGUCAUGAGUGCUGGGUUUCUCGUCGGAUCACACUGGGCAGUAGGGACUUUUAUGGUUGUUUCCUUGGGCACGUGGACUGUUUGCCAGAGGAAUAUUGAAGCCGAGCGACGUAAGCUCCAAAAGGUGGUUGAAGAGAUGCCGAAACGCUUUAUCAAGCAGAAAGACAAAGCGGUAGACGAAAGCGGGGGAAGCUGA